UCCCGGGCGGGGAGGCGGGGUGGCACCCCAGAACCAGCGCUUCCCGAUUUGUUUCGUUUUUUUCAGGUUACGAGACAUCCCCUCAGGCUGAAACACGCCGACUCCUACGUUUCCUGCCACCGGGCAAGGAGCAUCCUAUCGGGAUGGGGGGCCGGCGGUCUCCGUUAGAGCCGGGCGUACCGUGCCAGGCAGAGUUAUGGGGUGACCUCGGGGUGUUCGAAGAAGAUGAGGAGCUGGAGGGUUUCAGGAGGGAGGCGGAAGUUCUGCGUGAGAAGCUGAGGGAGGCUCUCAGUCAUACAUCUGGUAACAUAAGGCAGUCCAGUUCUUUGACCGACCUCACCUCAGACAGUACCUGGGAUCAGCAAAAGCCUCACUUGUUUCCUAAGUCCCGCUUGAGGCCAAAAAGCGCUUCAUCUCCCUGGAUUCCUUCCAUCACCAUCCCUCAGCCUUUCAAAAUGACCCUGCGGGAAGCUCGCAAAAAGUCCGAGUUGAUGAAGUCGUACAUGUUUCUUGAACUAGACAAAGAGAGAGACAAAAGGCAAAGCCAGGAUGAAGCUGAAUGCCAGAAACAAUUCCGGGCACAGCCUGUACCUGCCCACGUGUUUCUGCCCCUUUAUCAGGAAAUAAUGGAGCAGAAUGAGAUUCGCAGGCAAGCAGCAACACAGAAAAGAAAGGAGCUGCUACUUUCAACACAGCGGCCCUUCAGUUUUCUGGAGAAGGAAGAGAAAAAGAAAGAAGCUAUCAGACAAAAAUUCCUGGCAGCAGCAACCCCAAAUGAGAGCUCCAAACAGAAGCAAGCCAGUAAAAAAGUUCCUAAAUCUACUUAUGACUCACUUCUUGGAGAUAAACUCAAAGAAGCCGAACUCUGCAGGGAAAUCCGUAUUCAAAUGAGAGCAAAGGAUUUGCUCGCGAGCUCUGUAGCUCCUAUAGAUACCAGCAACUGUCGGAGGGAGCCUCAGUCCCGAACUGCCACCAGAACUAAGCAGGAAAAACUUGGCUUCUUACAGGACAAAAGUUUCAGCUUCAAACCAAGGAUUAAUCCAGCAAUACCAGAUUUUGAAGAACUUUACUGGGCAUUUCAGAGGAAAACAGUAAGGAGACAAGAAGUCAAAGAGCCAACUCGUAAUAAGCCGUUCAAGCUGAGAACCUCCAAUCUCCAUGCCAGGCAGAGGCAGGCUAAUGAAAAUAUAAAGGAUUCUCAGAAGCUUUCCAAGGUUUCAGUGCAAAAAAGUUACUCUCUGCCUGGACUUUCCUCUCUCUCUUCCAACACCCUUCCUGUGCAUAUUACAGAUGCAACUAGAAAGAGGGAAUCAGCUAUUAGAUAUGCCCAAGAUAACAAAAAGGAAGGGGACAAAGAAGGAAUUUAUUGGCUGGAGAAACAGAAAAUGAAAUGUCAAGCUAUGCAAAAGUCUGUGAACAGCCGAGCAAAAGCACUGGAUCCUCAUAAAAGUCUGGAGGAAACACAAAAGGAGAAGUCAAAACAGAAUAGGCAAAAUAUGCAAGACAGAACAAAAGAAUACAGAAAGGAGCUGGAAGAAAUUAAGCUGCGAGUCAAGAGCAGACCAUUCCUUUUUGAACAGGUCACCAAGCAUGAUGCUCGUCAAGGAGCAGAGCGUUGCUACAGACGCACCCUCCAGCAGGUUGGCCUCAGUGAAGAAUUUGUAAGGAAAAAAGGGAAAGAUGCCACUGACUUGCUGGAAGAAGAAUCUGAUGUUCACAGGCUGCCCGAGCCUUGGGGUGAAAAGGAUGACUGCACUGAACAGGAAGGAGUACCUCAGGAGGAACUGAGCGCAAAGGGAGUGGCAACAUGAAAGCCUGCAGAAGAAUCCAUCUGUCAGUUCUUGACUUCUUUUUAUUCAAGAUUCUCCAGGUUAAUCCUCAGGAGCUUAAUAGUUUAAGCUGACACCUAAGAAUUGCUGUGGGGUGAGACGGGAGAAUUUAGUAAAGGGAAAAAAUCAACUGUUGUUUAGAGCACGUUUUGUUCAGCCCAGCAAACCCUGCAGCCUCCCUUAGUCUUCAAAAGUGUCCCUUGAGUGAGCUCCUUCCCUUUAAUGGGCAACAAAACAAUUUAGAGAGGUUGAAGCACUAUCUUUGGAUAAAAGUAGAUAUGAAAAAUUGAAGAGGUGCAUCCUCUAGUGUCAGCUCCUUGCAUUCAUGCCACAGAAGCACACAGGAAAGGGAGAAUGCCUUCUACUGUACUAAACCUUUUUUUAGACACAUCUGUGGUAGAAUGCUUUCAAACAAGGUACUUCUACAAAAACAAAUAUCAGGAUUUGACCCACCUUGGGAGAAGACUCAAAGGGAAGUCUUUCUCUGGUGUUAAUUCUUCAUUCACCAACUACCAGCUUUGCUUCU